AAAUUUUGCCAUGGGAUUUUUAUUAUAUUUAUCAUAUUAUUCUUAUCUCUCUUGUCCCUUCCCCUCACAUUAAUCUCUUUUCUCAACUUGUUUCUUUUUCUUUUUUUAAAAAUAAUAUCUCUUAUUAUAUGGUUUCAUAUAUGUGUAACCAUGUAUACUUAUCAUCAUCUCUCUCCCCCCUCAUGUUCUCCCCCUUUUUGACUUUGUAACCACUGUGUCCUCCAAUCAGUGCUGUCUGCUGGAAUGUUCAUUGACCAUGUUCCCCCAUCUUGUGUGGGCAACUAUAGCUGCAGUGAAGGCAAUGGCCGUGUCACACACAGAAGACACCAUUCCAUAGCGUGUCUCCCCAUCCCCUGGCUCUUACAUUCUUUUCUUUCCCACUUCCAUGAUGGUUCCUGAGCCUUGAGGAGUGGCGGUUGACACAGACAUCCCAUUUAUAGGAGACUGGAGAUGCUGUAGAGAGAUAGCUGGUCCCAGAGCACGCCCUGAAGGAGGGAGCGCAACCAUCUGUGUUCUGUGGGAAACCUGAGAGCAACAACGCAGGUUGUUCCAAUUUUGUGGGAAAAUAUGGAGGACAAAUAGGCCUUGAGUGCUCAGACCAUGUGUCUUUAAAUAACAGAGAGGACACAAAUUGGUAAACACCAGACCAUGAAUUUAAACUAAAGUUGCUGAACCAAACCACUCAAAUGCCUUUUCCUAGAAGCUGAAGUGUCCAGCUCAGGUGGUUACAUCACUGGUUUUGGAGGCUCCUAAGAAAACUGCUGAGAUGGGUACCCUAAAUGUCUGAGACCUUGCACAGGGUAUAAGAGGAAGGAAGGUGGGGAUCAAUGUGCUACCCUGAAGCUGUUGUCACCAGCCCUGGAAAAGGUUCCAAAGAAACAAGUGGCAGCGAGGGCAAGAGACCAGAACUGACUUUCUGUCACCGGUAAAACUCGAGAGAAGGGACCCUGAUAUAACUUGCAGAAAGCCUCCAGAUCGAGAGGAAGCCACCGGAAGACCCCCAAACACCAGCAUCUCCUCAGAUAAAAGAAAGGGUCCAAGUUGAUCUUGCUCAGGACUAACAUGGACCAAGGUGCCCCAGCUAAGCCCAGUGAACAAAAGGUCCCCAGCCUGAGAACGAGAUGGGAAAUACUUCUUCUCACACUCUGUCUGCUCCAUGGUUCAUCCAUGACCCCUCCACACAGAAGGUCACAUUCCAGAUGGCUGCAGGCUGGCUCUCCUCAGUUCAGGACCCAUCUCUACAAUGUGGAAGCACACACAGCUCCCACGCCCCUUUGCUGCUGGAAGAACUCCCUUUCAGGUACAAAUGCAUUGAGAGGCCCGCGACUGGUGACUGGGAACACUGGGGGAGCUGUCACCAUCCAUUGCCAUUACGCCCCCUCCUCAGUCAACAGGCAUCAAAGAAAAUACUGGUGCCGCCUGGGGUCUCCAUUGUGGAUCUGUCACACUGUCGUGUCCACCAACCAAUACACUCACCCUGACUACCGUGGGCGCGCGGCUCUCACUGACAUUCCACAGAGCGGUUUGUUUGUGGUGAGGCUGCUCCGACUGUCCCUGGGUGACGUGGGACUUUACCGCUGUGGCAUAGGAGACCGAAACGACAUGCUAUUCUUCAGCGUGAAUCUGACUGUGUCUGCAGGUCCAUCCAACACCACCUAUGCAGCAGCACCAGCUUCCGGUGAGCCCACCACAGCAUCUCCUGGAGCAGCAUCCUCAGCAGGCAACGGAUGGACCUCAGGCAUCACCCAGAUCCUAGAAGGCUCAGGCUCAGAAUGGGACAGAACAGUUCCAACCACAGGUACCAGCAAAACUACAUCUUCAGCCAAUGGAAGACAAACCUUAAGAACAGCCAGGACAAUGGUUCCGGGGACAGGCAGCAGAGAGGAGGGCUCUAUCAGGGCAGCAGUCCCCACUCCAGAGGGUCCGUCUCCAAAAUCAAGAAGCAUGUCCAGCACAACACAGGGUGUUUGGCUGUGGAGCACCAGGAACUCAGUAACACCCAGUGUUACCACGAGUGAAGGAAGGAGGCAAGGCACAACCCCAGAGACUGAUGGGCCACGAGAUGAAACAGACGUCAGGGUGUCUCCAGAAGCACCCAGGAAGACCACAGGAACCACGAGGCCAUCGGCCCUGAUCUCAGAACAUGUGACCUGGGAAACUCUCCAAGACAAAACAGAGGUGUCUAAGCAACAAAUGCUGCACUCCCUGGAGGAGUUAUCACCAGCUCCAAGUGCACAGACCUUAAAUGCUACCUGUUUGGAAGUGGCAUCCGAGGAAGGAAGGAGCAUUGAUGGGAGUCUUGAAAACACUACAGAAGAAAGCAGCCCCCCAACACCAAGCCAGCUUUCAGUAGCAGGCCCUGUGUGGGUUUCUGUCAAGGGGCCAUCCAUGAAGAGUGCUCUGAUGGAAGGAGAAAGCCACACUCGGAUCCUGACUCCAGUCUCCACUGUGCUGGCCCUGCUUCUAAUUGCUGCUCUGAUCCUAUUGAAAAGGAGCCUUGGCAGACAGAGGACAUCUCAGAAGAAAGAAAGGGUACCCAGGAUCACUCUAAUUCAGAUGACACAUUUCCUACCAGAUAAGCUCCCUGAUGAGGGAAAGAACUUUCAACAGAGUAACCUUCUUCCUCCCCAAGCCAGCCUGACCGUCCUGGAGAAUGACCCAAGACCCUGAUGAUGGAAAGGUAAAUAGCUCAGUCACCAUGAAGGGAAGACCAAAUCCAAACAGCUUUAUCCUCUUCUCCUUUCCCUCCACCCACACGAAGCUAACUGAGUUCAGCCUCCACCUGGAGACACAGGAGCAUACCAGCUUGGGCCUCAGAGGCCAGGCAUUCUCUGAAGCUAAGAUGACAAUACAAGGACUCAAAGAAGUCUUCAAGAAAGGUCUCGAGGUCUGACUGUUCUUCAGUUGCCUAGCCUUCUGUCCCUUACAAGCUUUUCUUUCAGAGAGGAGUGUGCUGGGGUGAGAUAUCUCCAGAAACAUCAGUGUGCAUCACUGCUGCCUCUGGGCACCUUUCCUUCUCUCUGCCUGUUAGUACUAAGCCUGCUGCUCACACUUAACAGUAUUCUCAUAUACCAGGCUUGCCUGAGCAAGCGUAACCAUAACUCCUUAAGGACACUAAUUGUAUUUAAUCUAUUCCACUACAUCUCCAGUGGGACUUCAGCAAAUUAAACACCCAUAACUGUUUGGCUGGGGAUGGCAUGGACUUAGUGGGCACUGAGGAUCCUCCUGGCAGGAGUUCUGAACACCCAAGGGUCUCUAUUCAUUUUGUUUGGGGGUUCACUAGAUGUUGUGUCAGUAUGUAGUCUCCGCAUGAGACAGGAAGAAAGAGCCUCCACUCUUCAUAUCGUAACUCCCUAUUUGAUUCUGUUCUCAUUACACUGUAGGUCUUUGGGCCAGGUCAAGAUUUUCUGGGAUUUCCCUAAAUGAUGGAAGAAAGGGGUACUUUUCAUUAUCAACCUCCUCUUGUUCCACUGUUUAUGAAUCUUUUGUAUCAAAGGCUGUGGACAAGGCUGGAGAUGGUUUGGGAAAGACAGAAGGACAAAUGAGAGGAAUUUUUUGUGAAUUCUGUCUUAUAACAGUAUCUGUUGGGGAACCUCCAUCUUUUCAGCAAUCACAACUGGUAUUUUCUUUACCCGAUAUGCUAGCAAGUGCUCUGUAUUCUGUACUUGGGCAGUGCAGGCAUUGAGCAACAUAAGCUGUGGGGGAAGAAAAGUCCCAACACCAAUUUAAGAACUGUCACACUGACGUUACCAGAAGGCCCAGUCUUGCCUUCUAAGCUGUCAGUGGCAUUAAAGUCCUUCAGAAAUACCUAUUCACACCUAUGUCCCCAGACACUGUACCAAGAAAGCCAAAGGAAAUAUCCACGGUCCUGAUGGGAAACCUGUCAUAAGUAAGUAGGCAGGUUGAAUGCAUCUAGCCAGGAGGAAACACAAAUCUUUGGAUGCUUAAACUAGAACAGUAGUUCUCAACCCUUGGGUCGGGACCCCUUUGGGCGGGGUGUCAAAUGAUCCUUUCCCAAGGGUUGUAAAUCAGAUAUUCUGCAUAUCAGAUAUUCAUAUUAUGAUUAUAGCAGAAGCAAAAUUAUGGUUAUGAAGUGGCAACAAAAAUAAUUUUAUGGUUGGGAGUCACCCCAACAUGAGGAACUGUAUUAAAGAGUCACAGCAUUAGGGAGGUUGAGAACCACUGUGUUAGAGGGACUCUGAGGCCUGGUGGAAGCAGUCACUUGUUAUAAGUCACUCAGGUAAGAAAGCUAGUGGAGAGAGAGAGAGAGAGAGAGAGAGAGAGAGAGAGAGAGAGAGAGAGAGGGAGAGAGAGAGGGAGAGAGAGAGAGAGAGAAGCACAUGACUUUGGCCUAGUAUCUUUCCACUUCACCACUGCAGCUUUUGUCAAAAGUGUGUCACACCACAACCAUUGCUCCAGACUAUGUUCUACCCACAAUCACAGCCUGCCUGAGAAAUCAAUGAGAGAAACGGAACAGGAACUAUUGCUUCAUUCCAUCAAUGAACCAGCAGCUCUUUAAGGGUACAUAAUUCAGUCAAGACCACUUCGUUUAUUGAUGUCUGGGAUGGGCCAAAAGUUCAGACUGUUUGGUGUGCCUAUCCAAUCAGUCUUUACUGGGAAUAUCCAUAGGACAUCGAUUCUAGGGAUGUUAAGGGUUAGUGAGAGGAAAUUAAGUUGUAGCUUUAAGAUGUUUAGGGCGUUCUAGAUUAAUCAACAGAUUCUUACAUGCAGGGCUUCUCAGGCCAUUAGCUGUCCAAGGGAAAAUGGUGAGUAACUAAGAGGAGGGGACAUGAUGUACACUGGACUAUUGUGCUUGGCAAAGCCAUUGCAUUGAACUGGAUGUCCUUAGAUCAUCCCUUCCAGAAGCUAAUACAUUAAACUAAGACAUGGUCAACUUUUCCUCCAAGGGACACACAGCAAAUACCUUAGAUUUGAUAACUCAGAAGCCUCGGAGGCAUCCACUCAGCCCCACCUCUGUAGCUAGAGAGGGUCCACUGACUAUUCUACAUUCCAGCAAAACUUUCACAGAAACAGGAAGCUGCAGUAGGCCUUCAACCAUAAUUUGCAAUGCCUGUAUUAAGUUGUAAGACUCCACAAGACUAUAUGUACAUACAUACAUACAUACAUACAUACAUACAUACAUACACACACACACACACACACACACACACACACACACACACAUAUGUAUACACACAUACACGACCUGUCUCCUCGGGAGCUUCUUGCUUUUCCUUGCUGGAACUUCCCCAUCCUCUGAACUGCUGAGCAGCUGUGCUGUCCUGUCUUGCUGCCCAUCUCAGUAGAAGAGGGUAAUAGCAGGAACGGAUCCCCACCCAGCAGUUCGAUAGUGGAGCCAGGGAAGGUUCCAGGAGUGGAGGUGCUUUAAAGGAACCUCAAGAUCCACCAGGAGGAGCUGCAGGAGAUCGAUAUCUGGCCCUGGUGUUUGGAGGGAGGCAGGGGUAAGUGAGAUCUGAGUAGAUGCCAGGAGAAGGAAGUAGGGUAACUCCUGUUGACAUUUCUCCUUUAUGUCCCAAAGGAAGUACACAUGAACGGGGCAGGCUAUAAGCUUAACGGGUCAAAGACAAACCAUACAGAGCAGACCAACUCCACCAGCACCAUGCUCCUGCCACUGAAGUGAGGAGCAGGGAACCCAUCCUUACUUAGCUAGAAUGAGAGGCACUUCUGGGGACCACCUCCCUUUCAGGGUUCAGGGAUGACACUGAUUUUCACAAGAUGAAACAGUUGGGCACAGCUCUCUAACACUCCUCUUUCUAUUUAGGAAUGUAGCUAACUUCUCGUACACAUGUCUCUACACAGCUCAUUCUAUAUGCAUUGGAUGCCAUAUUUCUGAAGGUAAUUGUGCCCAUUCCCAUCUUAGGGAUGAGGAAACUGUUAGAGGAAACAUCCCAUACUUCCAAGGAAAAGGCAAGCUGGGACAUGUGGCCCACCUGCAGUCUCUAUCCUUGAUCGCUACUACUUUGUCUGCCAUCUUGUUUGUAUUUGUUGAUAGCUGUAAUGGAGGACACAGUAAAGAAACCACUGAAAUGACUGCUUCAUGAUGAGAGCAAGCGAGGGAGCGAGCAAGAGAGAGAGAGAGAGAGAUAGAGAGAGAGAGAGAACGAAGAGCCAGAGGCACCUAGAGAAAAAUCAGAGAGGACAUGGCCAGGCCUGGGAAAGCAGGAAGAGUAGAGUGGGAGAAAAUAUUGAGGCUAGCUUGGGCUUGGGGUAGGGAAAACCUUGCCCUUGUAUAUAGGGCACAGAGUUAUGGGGAAGAAGGGUGCGUAUGAACUGCAACAGUCUGGGAACUAGCCCAGUGAGAAGGGCCAGAAGGCUGACAUUCACUUUGAAAUGCAUAGCAAGUAUGUGUGACUAGGGACUAAAGGAGCCUGGGGCUAGCAUGGGCUUUAGUAUGCAUCCUUGUAUGUCAGAUGUUUCAUCCUCCAGUGGAAAGGGAGAUAGGUAUGGUCUGUACCUCUUUCUGGUGGACAGAAACUCUUUCAUGGGUUCCUCAGGAACGCUGGCAGUAUCCUUCAGUAAUCCUAUACUUCAGCAGACCCUGAGUCAAGACGGUCAUUUCUGGGUGCUGCCUUUUGGAAUUUGGGGAAGUGGGGUUUCCUCUGGACCUGACAAUAACCUUGUCUUCUGGUCAGGUGUUUUCCUGCAUAGAGUUUCAUGAGGUUUCGUGUUUCUCCCCUUGAGACUCCUGUGUGGGAAGUUACACAUACAGUCAUUUCCAGCCAUUUGUUUUCCUUAAUCACUAACUGGUUUAUUCCAGUCUGAGCCUCAUGGGACGUGGAGUAGGAAGAGUUCAUGCAGCCAGACUGAAAGCUGAGAGUUCAGACACUAGCCCUCAGGUACCUGCUGGCUUUUGGAGCAAUGGAGCACAGAUGUCAAGGAUCCAUAAGGGUGUCUAUGUAUCCCAGGUCACUCAGUAUAAGUGCUUCUCACUGCGCCCUACUGAGAGACACAGAGUUAGAGGAACUCUCUGGCUGGCAAAUGCGGAGAGGGCCUUGGCUAUAUAAGGAAGGUGGUGGAAUUCCCAAGAUGCCCAUCUUCUUCCUCACCCUCCUGACUUGAGACAAAAGCCUGGACACUUAAAACAAAGUCUCUGUAGGCUCUUCUCCCUCACCAACAGGCUCCCAGUUCAAGGCCUGCUCAGAACAUGCCACACAACAGUUCUGGGCCAAUCAACUACCGUAGCUUAAGAGGAGAAAACAUUUCAGAGGCUUGAAGGGCCCCAAGCAAGAAGAUAUGGGAUUUUUCAGCUUUCAGAGUCUCCGGAGGGGCUUUCUCUGUAUCACCCCCCAAUAAAUACCUUUUUUCAACUGUC